AUGAGUUCACCACUACGACCCAGCACAUCUGCUGCCAAUCGCGGCUUGGGAAGAUUGAACCGACGUAAAAGAUCCAGAGAGCCUGAUGACGAAGUGUCAUCCGUUGCUCCUCCCUCAAGUCCUCCUCCCUCCUCUCCCCCUAUGCUCCCCUUUGAUGACGAUGACAACGAAAGGGAUGAAGAAGCAKAGCUGCUGGGGGACAUUGACGAUAUUGAUGAGAUGGCUGAGGAUGAAGAUGGGAUCGACCUGUUCGGGGACAACUUCGAGAGAGAUUAUCGAGACGCUGAAAACGACCGCUAUCAAGGCGAAUACAUCGACGAUGAUGGAGACCAUGAAGAACUUGACAUUGCAACUCGUCGGCAGCUGGAAGCUCGCCUGAACCGAAGAGAUCGCGAGCUCGAGCGUCGCCGCCGCAUGCCCGCGGCUUUCUUGCAAGAUGAUGAUGAAGGUGAUAUGGACCUUACUCGCCAGCCUCGGCGGCGAAGACACCACUACGAUGAGGACCGUGAGGACAUCGAAAUGGGCGACGACGCCAUGGAAGAGCUCUCCCUGGAGGAGUUAGCUGAUGUAAAGGCGGCCAACAUCACUGAUUGGGUGCUGCAGCCACAAGUUCUGCGCUCGAUCUAUCGAGAAUUCAAAGCUUUCCUCACAGAGUUCACCGAUCAAGCCGGUCAGUCAGUCUACGGAUACAAGAUCAAAACUCUUGGUGAGGUGAACUCUGCAUCACUUGAGGUCUCCUAUGUUCACUUGAGUUCCACAAAGGCCGCUCUUUCUUACUUCCUUGCGAACGAACCAACCGAGGUCCUCAAGGUCUUUGACCAAGUUGCUCUUGAUGUCACACUCUUCCACUACCCUCAAUAUCAGGAUAUCCACAAGGAGAUCCACGUCCGAAUCUCGGAUCUUCCGAUCGUCUACACCUUACGGCAGCUGCGCCAGCAACAUCUGAACUGCCUUGUUCGUGUCAGUGGCGUUGUCACCCGCCGGUCCGGCGUCUUCCCGCAAUUGAAAUAUGUCAUGUUCAUUUGCCAGAAGUGUAAUAUCACACUGGGACCUUUCCAGCAAGAGGCGAGCGCGGAGGUCAAGAUCUCCUACUGUCAAAACUGCCAGUCGAAGGGGCCGUUUACCAUCAACUCAGAAAAGACUGUGUACCGGAACUACCAAAAGCUCACGUUGCAAGAAUCCCCAGGCUCUGUGCCCGCCGGACGACUGCCGCGUCAGCGUGAAGUCGUCUUACUUGCAGAUCUCAUCGAUUCUGCCAAACCAGGUGACGAGAUCGAGGUGACUGGUAUCUACCGGAACAGCUACGACGCUCAGCUUAACAACAAGAACGGCUUUCCUGUCUUCGCCACGAUCAUCGAGGCGAACCAUAUCGUGAAGUCGCACGACCAGCUGGCUGGUUUCCACUUAACCGAAGAAGAUGAGCGCGAGAUUCGUGCCUUGUCCAGGGACCCCGAUAUUGUUGAUAAGAUCGUGCGAUCUAUCGCGCCUAGCAUUUAUGGGCAUCAGGACGUGAAGACCGCUGUUGCUCUUUCACUUUUUGGUGGCGUGAGCAAGGAGGCCCAAGGCAAGAUGGCCAUCCGUGGAGACAUCAACGUGCUCCUUCUUGGUGACCCCGGUACAGCUAAAUCGCAGGUGCUGAAGUACGUUGAAAAGACUGCCCACCGAGCGGUCUUUGCUACUGGCCAAGGUGCCAGUGCUGUCGGUCUUACAGCCAGCGUGCGUCGCGAUCCUUUGACCAGUGAAUGGACCCUGGAAGGAGGAGCUCUGGUGCUUGCGGAUCGGGGCACAUGCCUGAUCGAUGAGUUCGAUAAGAUGAACGACCAGGACCGGACUUCGAUCCACGAAGCCAUGGAACAGCAGACAAUUUCUAUCUCCAAGGCCGGUAUCGUUACCACUUUGCAAGCCCGCUGUGCUGUGGUGGCAGCCGCCAACCCUGUCGGUGGACGCUACAACAGCACAAUUCCGUUCUCCCAGAACGUCGAGCUCACAGAGCCCAUUCUUUCGCGUUUCGAUAUUCUCUGCGUCGUGCGGGACAUGGUCGACCCAAAUGAAGACGAGCGUCUGGCCAACUUCGUCGUCGAGUCUCACCACCGAGCCAACCCCACCCGGCCUCUCCGGGACCAGGAUGGCAACUUGAUCGAUUCGGAGGGCAACCGGAUCGAUGAGGAAGGUUAUCGCCUGGAUAAGCACGGCAACCGCCUGCCACCCACUCCCGAAGAGAUUGCCAAGCGUGAGGCAGCCCAACGCAAGGCAGAAGAAGAGAAGGAGGGCGAGAUUCCCCAGGAGCUCCUGCGGAAGUACAUCCUGUACGCGCGCGAGAGAUGCCACCCAAAGCUCUACCAGAUCGAUCAGGACAAGGUCGCGCGGCUCUUCGCCGACAUGAGACGCGAGUCUCUGGCCACUGGUGCCUACCCCAUCACUGUCCGUCACCUGGAAGCCAUCAUGCGUAUCGCCGAAGCCUUCUGCAAGAUGCGCCUGUCCGAGUACUGCUCCGCCCAGGACAUCGACCGCGCCAUCGCCGUAACGGUCGAGUCCUUCAUCGGCAGCCAGAAGAUCAGCUGCAAGAAGGCCCUCUCGAGGGCAUUCGCCAAACCCAAACCCCAGUCCAAGCGGCGAGCUGGUAUCCCCGCUCCAAACCCAUACGCUCUCCGCGCAAGUCAAGCCACAAGGGCGUAG